AUGUAUGAGAAAAGUAUGAAGGCAGUUCAUGUUGCAAAUUUAUGCAUUGAUAAGAAGUUUGUUCAUACUUGUGCAUCUGGAUGUUCUCCUAAUUGUCCCAAAUCAAGAACAUGGAUUUGUUUUACAUGCCAUAGAAAAAUUCUGAGUGGAAAUGUUCCAGCUGAAGCAGCAUUUAACAACAUGUGUUUAGAAGAUAUUCCACUAGAGCUCAAUGACCUGAAUACUUUAGAGCAGCAUCUAAUUGCUCUGCAUAUACCUUUCAUGAAAGUAACCAUGCUUCCAAAAGGCGGUCAACAAAAUGUACAUGGGCCUGUUGUAUGUGUGCCAUCAAAUGUAAAGAAAACAAGCAGUUUACCUCUGAAUGAAAAUGAAAAUCUCUUGUUACGAGUGAAACUCAAACGAAAGUUGUCAUACAAGGGAUAUUAUGAAUAUCAGUUUGUGAACCCAAAUCACAUUAAGAUAGCCCUUAACUACCUGAAAGAAAACAAUCAGUGGUAUCAUGAUGUCGAAAUCAACUCAACAUGGGAAAAUGAUAAUGACCAAAGUACCUUAUUCAGUCAGCCAGAAGCAUUUGACAGUGAAGAAAUAAGUGAAGAACAGAACAGUGCCAUGCAAGAAGUUGCUACAGAUACGUGUUUACAACCUGUAGAUAUUGCGCAGGAAGUUCUUGAUCACUACUUUGAUGAUGUUUAUAAUCUUGCUCCGGGUGAAGGACAGAAUCCUGUAAGAAUGUUGCAAGAGGAGGGCAAUGAAGCAAAAACUUUUCCUCAUUUAUUUCCAACUGGAAAAUAUUCAUGGAAUGAAAGUCGAGAUGUAAGGAUUACUCUUUCUCGAUAUUUUAACAACAGGCUGAUGAAUGCAGAUAACAGAUUUGCAAAGGAUACCAAUUACAUUUUCUUUUGUCAGAACCUAUCUGAAUUGAACCAGGUUAUUGAGAAAACACAAAUUUCAAUUCGCAAAUCUGUAUCGAAACUUGAUGGAGGGAUACAAGUCACAACAGAAAUGUUACAGAAUCCUGUUGUACUUGCCAAGCUGCUUAGGAGUGAUGAGGCUAUGCGAUUUAUGCAACCAAUUAGAGGAACACCUGCAUAUUGGUCAAGUACACAAAAAGAUCUUUUUGCUAUGCUUCGACAACUUGGAAUCCCCACAUGGUUUUGUUCUUUUUCUGCAGCAGAAUAUAGGUGGAAUGAAAUACUGGGUUCAAUUAUGCUACAUAUGAAUGACAGCAGAAAUCCUUCUGAUCUAGAUUGGUCUGAGAAAAGUGAAAUUCUAAGAAGCAAUCCUGUAACUGUUGCUAGAAUGUUUGAACACAGGUUCCAUAUAUUCCAGAAAAAUGUAAUAAUGUCACCAGCAAAACCAAUAGGAACCAUUGUAGAUUACUUUGUAAGAGUUGAGUUUCAGCAAAGGGGUUCUCCUCAUAUGCACUGCUUGUACUGGGUUGAGAAUGCUCCAAAAUUAGAUGAGGACAGUGAGGAGACUAUUUGUCACUUCAUUGAUAGGCAUAUCACAUGUGCUCUGCCAUCAAAUGACACUGACCAAGAACUUAGACAAAUUGUAUUGGAUGUACAACAACACAGCAAAGGACACUCAAAAUCAUGCAGGAAGAAAGGAACAGAAUGUAGAUUCAACUUUCCAAGACCGCCUUCAGAGUGCACAUUCAUUUCAAGACAAUUAGAACAAAAUGUGGAUGAGUCAAGUAGUGAGUUAGGUAGUGUGCAGGCAAAGGAGAUUUUGUUGAAGGUGUGGAAUGAAGUAAUGGAUGAUGCAAAGGCAUUUAAAACAACAGAGGAAAUAUUCAGCAAUAUAAACUUAUCACAGGAUUUGUAUGAAAAAGCACACAGAGUAUUGGCCUCUAAAACAUUGACUGUUUUGAAACGAAAUCCAACAGAAAUGUGGACAAAUCAGUACAACCCAUGCCUGCUCAAAAGCUGGGAUGCAAAUAUGGAUAUACAGUAUGUAUUAGACCCUUUCAGCUGCAUUGUCUACAUUAUAUCAUACAUUUCAAAGUCUGAAAGGGAGAUGGGAAUGCUAUUAAAACAAACUCAACUUGAAGCAGCAGAGGGAAAUUUGAGUGCACAUGAUACCAUCAAGAGAGUAGGAUCAGCUUAUCUCAAUCACAGAGAGGUCAGUGCACAGGAAGCAGUAUACAGGGUGUGCAAUCUGAAGAUGAAAGAAAGUUCAAGAAAAGUCAUUUUCAUUCCUGUGGGGGAAAAUCCAACUCGUCUGAGUAAGCCUCUUGCACAAAUAAAAAAAAAUCGGGAAAUUGAGGUUGAUGAAAAUGAUUUAAAUGCAGAUGACAAUGAUGAGGAAGAAGAUAGUAUGUGGAUGACAAAUAUUGUGGAAAGGUAUGAAAACCGCCCAGAGUUAAAUAUUUUCCAUAAAAUGUGUCUUGCUGAAUUUUGCUCAGAGUACAGAGUGCUUAGUAAAUCUCAGAUCCCUACGGGCAAAAAAGAUGGUGUGUAUGAAUUGAGAAAUGGAAAGGGUUACAUUCAAAAGAGAAGUAGAGGCAAACCUGCUGUAAUACGAUAUCCAAGAUUCCAUCGAGAUAACGCACCUGAGAAAUAUUAUCAGUGUCUGCUAAAACUUUUCCUUCCAUACUGGAAUCUGAAUCAGUUGAGACCAGCUGGAUUUGAUUUGUACCAGACAUUUUAUGAGAGUGGACAUGUGAGGGUGAAACCAAACACAAACUUGGAAAAAGUUAAAAGCAUAGUGGACAGUAAUCAUGUUUACUUCUCAAAAAGUGAGGAUGAUAUUGAAAAUGCCCAGGAUGCAUUAGAAAUGCUUGGUGAACCAGAGGACGCAUGGGCAAGUUUAUGUCCAGAAACAGAAUUAAAUCGAAGAGAAUGUUUGAAUGAAAAAUUAAGAAAUGAUCAGGAGAAUACAGAAUCAGAGGUCACAAAUGAAAUUGAGUGUAGUGGCUCUGAUGAUGCUAUAUAUCAUUUAAGAGAGACUCAAAGCACCAGAAAAGAGAUGCUUCCUUUACUGUGCAGUUUGAAUGACAAACAGAAGCUCAUCUUUUAUGCUGUUCAUGAAUGGUGUGUCAAGAAAAUGACUGGAGAGAAUGUAAAACCUAUGCACAUUUUUAUAACUGGAGGAGCAGGGACAGGGAAAAGCCAUCUGAUUAAGACAAUACACUAUGAAGCUUCUCGUCUCUUUGAAAAAUCAUUGCCUUCUCCAAAUGCAGUAUCGGUGAUUCUCACAGCUUUUACAGGAACAGCAGCAUUCAAUAUUGGAGGAAAUACCAUUCAUCAUGUGUUUUCUUUAACAAAAGCUUUACCAAUUCCAUAUCAACCCUUGAAGGAACAAAGUUUGAGUGGGAUAAGAACGAGAUUAGAACAUUUGCAGAUUUUGGUCAUUGAUGAGGUUUCCAUGGUGUACAAAAGAUUGUUGUAUUACAUUCAUGAACGACUUGUCCAAAUCAAAAAAUGUAAAGAUCCAUUUGGUGGUGUAUCUGUGAUAGCAGUUGGAGAUUUUUAUCAACUUCCACCUGUUAAACAACGAAAAGAUGAAAGAUUGUACAAAGAAAAUGGUUCAUAUCCAGUUGACUUCUGGCUAGAUUUUUUUAAAAUUGUAGAAUUAGAUGAAAUUAUGCGACAACGUGAAGAUAAAGCAUUUGCAACUGUUCUGAAUUCAUUGCGUGUUCGAACAUGUGAAGAACCUUUAUCAGAUGAAGCAUUGGAAACACUGCGGGAAUGCAUCAGAGAAGGACCAGAUGAUGUUCUUCAUGUUUAUUCUACUAACCAAGAGGCCAAUGAAUUCAAUCUUAAAAUGCUGCAUGGGAAUUGUGAGGAAUUAAUUGAAGUGCAUGCAGAUGAUUAUCAGAAAGAUAAGACAACGGGGAAAUUAACUUUACGUGACAAACCUUUGGUUAGUACCCGAGUUGAUGGCCUCUCUGCUACCUUACUUUUGGCUGUGAAUGCAAGAGUAAUGCUGACACGAAAUGUAUGUGUUGAAGAUGGACUAGUGAAUGGUGCAAUGGGAUAUAUUUCAAAUUUUGUGUUUAAAAGAAAACAGCCUGCACCAGCAGUAGAAGUAGUUGAAGUCAUUUUUGAUAGUUCAAGUAUUGGUAAAAUACAAGGGAAGAAAACACCCAAAGGGAAUAUUGUCCCAAUUAAAAGAGUGGAGGAAGAGAUGAAUGAGAAAAAUAUAAAGAGUAUUGUCAGACAUCAAUUUCCACUGAAACUGUCAUGGGCAUGCACAGCACAUAAAGUUCAAGGCAUGACCGCCAAGAGUGUUGUUGUGAACUUAGAUCGGACUUUCUCUCCUGGUCAAGCAUAUGUAGCAGUCAGCCGUGUUACUUCAAAAGAUGGUCUGUUCAUUGAGAUGAAUGAUGAAAGUGUCCUGCAGAAAAAAAUUUAUGCUGAUUUAGAUGUGAAGUUAGCACUUAAUAGAAUGGUAAGAUACAAUUUAGAUGAAGAAUUGACAUGCAAUGUAGCAAAGUUUGAAAAUUACAAAACAAUUCUAUUGUUUAAUGUGCAGAGUUUGAGAGGACACUUUCAGGAGAUGAAUUGUGACAGCAGGUUGAUGAAAGCUGAUUUUGUAUGUUUAACAGAAACAUGGCUGAGAGAAAAUGAGAACAUCCGAGAUAUUGAAAUUUCAGGGUUUGACUUUCACCAUAUUCCACGUAGCCAGUGUUACGAUGAUAGUGAAGAUGUGAUGACAAGACUAAAAACAGCUAAAGGUGGUGGGGUUGGAGUGUACAAGAAGAAAACCAAUGAGACAAUCUUGAUCAAUGCUUUGGAAUACAAGAAUAUAGAGGGAUUAACUGUAGAAAUCCAUGAGGAGGAUAUUGCAAUCAUUGUACUCUACCGACCGAGUGUACUACCUGUAAACAAUUUUCUUGACACAUUGCAAAAAGUGGUGGAUUUUUACAAGAAGCGUUUUAGCAACUUGUUCAUUAUUGGUGACAUGAAUGAAGAUGCCAAAGCCCAAGGACCCAUACAAACAUUCUUAGAAUCUAUGGGAUUUAUGCAGUUGGUGCAGUUUUACACAACAGAGGGUGGAACAACUUUAGAUCAUGUAUAUGUUACUGGUUCUCUGGAAGCCUGUGUGCACAAAAAAUCGUUGUUUUUCAGUUAUCAUGAAGCUAUAGAAAUUCAUGUGAGAACUCAAAAAAAUAAAGAUUCAGACUAA